AUGAGGGAUAAGGAGAAGGAUAAGGAGAAGGAUGAGGAGAAGGAUGAGGAGAAGGAUGAGGAAGAGGGAUGGAGAGUCCAGAAGUCAACGUCCUCCCGACACCGUCCUGGCAGUCAGAGAGAGCAAGCACCACGGGACGACGACGGAGAAUCCCCGCCAGAGGCUGGAACAACACGUCCGGCCGAGAGAGGGAACAGAUGUCCGCAGCAACAGGGACAGAAAACCGAACCCACCGACCUGAAACAAGCCAGAGACGGGAAACCCGCCGGGGAGCCUGUUGCCCCAACAUCAGCAACGGACUCUGAUUACCCUCAAGGUUAG